AUGGCAGCGGUGGUACAGAAUGUGGUGAAGCUCCUUGGCGAACAAUAUUAUAAGGACACGAUGGAGCAGUGCCACAACUACAGUGCCCGACUGUGCGCUGAGGGAAGUAUUUGAUUGCCAUUUCUGGACUCGCAGACUGGAGUGGCACAGAGUAACUGCUACAUCUGGAUGGAGAAGCGGCACGGGGGGCCAGGUUUGGCAUCUGGCCAGCUCUAUUCCUACCCAGCUUGGGUGGAAAAAAUGUCGCGCUCACCCUCCUGAGGAUCCAAGGCUUCCCUUUCAUUCCAUUAAACCAGACACUGUGCAGACCCUAAAGAAAGAGGGUGUGAUCUUUCAGGAUGGCAGCAGCCUGGAGGCCCUUUUGAGGACGGACUCUCUUGAGGAGCGCAGUCUGCCCGACCCUCAUACUGACGAAGACAGCCUUGGCGAGAUUCCUGUUGCCAAUAGCCGCACAAAGAAAAGGAACCUGGAACCUGAUUAUUUAUUAGAUGAUGAGGACUAUGAAGAAGACAUGCCAAAAUGCCGAGGCAAAGGCAAAGCCAAGGGCAAGGGAGUCGGGAGUGCCUGGAAAAAGCUGGAUGUAGCCAUUUUGGGAGACAACCGUAUGCCUCUGGCAUCUAUGGGAAGUGUUACAAGAACUGUACUGGGCUGA